AUGGGGAAAGAAAAAGGUCCAAAAGGGAAGAAGAUCACCUUGAAAAUUGCCAAAAAUUCCAUUCGGAUAUCUUUUGAUGGAGGACGUCGUCUUGACUUAAGCAAGAUGGGUAUCACCACCUUUCCCAAGUGCAUUCUGAAACUGGCUGAUGUGGAUGAGCUGGAUUUGAGCAGAAACAUGAUAAAAAAGAUUCCAAGCAGCAUUGAUAAGUUCCAGAAUCUGCGCUGGCUGGACCUUCAUAGUAACCAGCUGGAGGACCUGCCCAAGUCAAUAGGUACACUUCAGAGUCUUUUCUACCUGAAUGUAAGCAACAACAAGCUGACCAGCAAAGGUCUACCAGAAGAGAUAACCCUUCUCAAGAACUUGCAUAUUCUCAACCUUGGCUUGAACUGUCUUGACAGUAUUCCCCCAAGUCUUGGAGCCCUGAAGGAACUUAGGGAGAUAGGUCUCUUUGACAAUGCCUUGACCACAAUCCCAAACAGUCUAAAUAACCUCCCCAAGCUCAAGAAAUUGAAUGCAGAUAGAAACCCUUUCCCAGUUCCAACAAAUGAAGAAGAGCAGGUCGACUCCAUCAAACGCAUAGAAACCCUUUACUUAGUACAAGAGAAAGACCUGUGCCGUUCCUGCCUGAAGACAUGUCAGGAUAAGAAGGAUAAGCAGAACAAGUUUAGGAAUGUGACACCCAGCCCCCCAAGAAAGCCAAGUUUCCCUUUACUCAUUACACCCAAUUCCUCUGCAAAGGAUAACCAAGAAGAAUGGAGAAUAAGAGGUGAACAACUCUGA